GACGCUUAUCAUGUGGAGACGUGGAUCGGGCAGGAUCCCAAAAUCUCUGUUGAAAGAUGAGAACAACUUCCAAGGUGGGCAGGGCAGGGCAGGUAGAAGUGUUUAUAGGGAGGAGGGGGGAAGUUGCUUUUGCUGUAAACGGCUUUUUCCCAAAUCUUUGCUCAUGGGUCUCUCGCCAGGAGCUCGGCAUUGUGGCCCGGUCUACCAUCCGCGUGUUCUUGGAAAAAGCGUCAGAGAGCAGCUGAGAGAGGCUUAACAUUUCAAACGUCUGGCGGUAGGCUGCAAAGUUUCCACCCUGAAAACACUGUCAUGCAGCAGCAGCAGCAACAGCAGCAGAAGAAGAAGACUGGAGCAGGACACCGAUUAGUUUUCUGAUCAGUUCUGAUCUGUCACCCCGGGAUCGUCCUCUCAGUGCGUCGUUUCAGUUUCUGUCUGAUGGAAGCUGAUUUAUUUAUUUAAAUGGGAGAAUCUGCUGCAGCCUGCGUCUGUCAUGCUGCAGGUGCUGCAGUGUUAGAAUUUGUUGUGUUGGAGCUAUUUCUGUGAUUAAAAUGCGUGCGUAAAACAACACCACCGCUGUACUUUAUCAGCUCUCCUGACUCUUUAAUGAGAACAGACAAUGUUUGUUUUUUCACCAGUUCUACUUUAAAAAAAAGUAACAACCACAAUCUCGUUUAAUUGGUAGUAUCUUGAGUUAAAAUCCUGUUUUCAUCUUUUGCGUAAAAGUCUGCUCAGCGUUAGCAGCAACGCACUGCUUUAAAAAGUGGGAUUCCUGCGCUGUUAGUCAUAGGCCUAGAUGUCCUCUCAGCUGGAAGAAGGCCUGCAGCAGGAGACCACAGCAAAACCUGAAGCACCCCAAUCUGAAGAAGUUGUUGACGUGACAAGUCUUGACGGAUGCGCCGGGCAGCACGGAAGCCCCGGGGACGGAGGACAGAAUAAAGUGACCCCGUCAUCAGAGCGCCAGCAGCAGAAACCACGCAAGAUGACGCGGAGCCCCAAAUGCGCCCGCUGUCGCAACCACGGCGUCGUGUCGUGUUUGAAAGGCCACAAGCGCUUCUGCCGCUGGAGGGACUGUCGCUGUGCCUGCUGCCUGCUGGUGGUGGAGCGGCAGCGCGUCAUGGCAGCGCAGGUCGCGCUGAGGCGGCAGCAAGCAGCGGAGGUGAGGGGAGCACAAGGGCAGGGUAAGAAGGGGGUCAGGUGUGCAGCUCCGUUGCGGAGGACAGCGUAUCAGCGUUACAGCAGAGCAGCCGAGCCAAGCGUCCUAGCUAAGAGCAUCCUGCAGGGGCUGAAGCCGGUUGUGCCUCUGGAGGAGGACACUUCCUGCUGGAUUAAGCCGACGCAGCGCGAUCAAACACACUUCACGUGCCCCUCCAUCAGCGCCCGGAUGAGGAAGAGGCGAGCCUUCGCAGACAAAGAGCUGGAGAACGUGAUGCUGGAGCGAGAGCUGAGACAGAGAGAGCUGCAGGGUGACCUCUCCUUCCCCUCCACAGCCCUCGUCCCCGUGCUUCACCCUCCGCACUUGUCCGUCUCACCUAGCCUCCACUGCUGCCCUCUCAACAAGGACCCCACUGCUGCAGGGGCAUCCAGCUAUGUGCCUGUGUAUAAAUAUAAGCCUCUGUACGAGUGUGACCUCCAGUUCUACCAGUUCUUCCAUCUGAAGAGCAGAUCGUCCACAGAGGGCAACUACAAUGACCUUUUAUGCCGAAGCUCAGAGCAAGCCAGGGAGGACGAGGAGGUGCAGAGCGGAUGGAAAAUCUGCGAGAAGAAAGACAGACCAGAGCUGAUGCCUCUACCAUCACAGCAUGGACUCAAAAAUCAUGGCGGCCCAGGUCUGUCAGGUCUAGAACUUGUCAAACCCCCCUCAAAGCCAACAGAAAUAAUGGACUCAAAUGGCUCUUCAUCCAUCACACACUCUGUUUUUAGAUCAGAUCAGCCUAUCCUUGGCGCAUCAGGCGUCAGCACAACCAGCAGGACUUUUGAUCCCAGACCUCUGACAGCUAAAGGCUGGAGCGCAGACACUCCUGCCGCCCAGGCAGGUCCUCACGCUGACUCUGUCAAGAGCCCUCACGGCAGCUCAGUCAGGACUCCCGCUGUGAGGCCAUUACCUUUCUCUGUGGAGGCACUGCUGAGAGCCUGACAGGCAAAUGGAAAGAGCACUUUGUUUAUGUGUGGACCAAGAAUUGAGGUUGAGGGUAUAAAUAUAAAAAUGGCUAGUUCUGUUACAGGUUUUCAAACGCUUUUCUUGAGCUGGAUGUUAUAAAGUGGCAAAAGGUGAAAUAUUUAAAAACCAUUUUCCAGUUUGUAGGCAUUUUUUUUUUCCUUAUUACUUUUAAUUAAAAUGUAAAAUCAUUAAAAAUAUAACAAUGAACAGUAUAUAUAUAUAUGUAUUUCAAUACUUGGCUACAUUGAUUAUAUUUUGUACAAAUAUACACUUUAACAAUCUCAUGUUUUUUAUAGUCCUCUGUCAGCAGUCUGGUACUGAACCACUCUGCGUCGAGCCUUUCACAUUAAUCACAUUUUAUUCUCUUUUCCA